AUGCUGCUCCUUUGGCUGAAGGCUCGGGUGAGUCGACAGUCGCUGGCGAAAGGCAUUUUCCUAGCGGAAGAGAGCGAAGGGGAGGAGGUCUUGAGCCCUACGGAGCAGUUCACGUCGGAGAGCGAGUCGUCAGAGGCGUCGGCGUCCACGGUGGCGGCACCUACGCCCAAGGCGGAGCCCAAGGCGCCCAAGGCCAAGGCGGAGGCGCCCGCGCCUAAGCCGGCAGAGCCGGCGCCAAAGGCGGAGCCGCCCAAGGUCAAGACAAAGGCUCCCAAACCCAAGGCGGAGCCCGGCAAAACAAAGGCUCCCAAGAAGAAAGCGGAGGCGGAGGCGGAGACUCCCGCCGAGGCGCCUGCCGUGCAGGCGCCCAAGGCCAAGGCGGAGACUCCGAAGCUUCCCGCAGCGCUUCCCGCGGCAGAGCCGGCGGAGGCAGAGGCUUCGGCCCCGGAGCCAAAGGCCGAGCCCAAGCCGCUGGCCGCCGCCGGGCCUUUGGCCGCAGCCGCAGCGGCGACAGCCUCCAAAGCGGAGCCGAAGGUGAAGGCUCCGGCUCCGCCGAAGGCUCCGCCGCCGAAGGCUCCGCCGCCCAAGGAGACGAAGGAGCCGCCAAAGCAGCAGACUCCGAAGACUCGGACGGCUCCGACGGCUCCGAAGACAGCAGAGCCAAAAGCAACGAAGCCGGAGCCCAAGGCCAAAACGCUGGCAAAGCCAAAGGCUCUGGCUCCAAAGCCCAAAGUGCCAGCUGCGACGGAGAAGGAACCGAAAGCAGCCGCGCCACCAGCGCAACACAGUGUCGGUGCUGGGAAGAAUGGGGAAGAGAUGGAGAUGAGGCUGCGUGUGCUCAAACGCAAGCUGCUGGGAGACUCUGCUGUGGCAGCAACGACCGCUGUGGCGAAGCUCCAAGCGAGGCUUCUAAGGCUGAAGGCGGAGGAGAAGACAAUCAGGCUGACAACCGAGGAACUGGAGGCCGCGCAGCGAAAGAAGGAGGGCUUCGUGCUUCGCUUCGUCUCGCCCUGGCCCUGUGGAGGCGCAGUUGGGCUCCGUGAAGGCCGAGCUGGAGACGGCGAUGGCCAAGCGGCGAAGAUGCGAGGAGGCCAGGAAUUCGAGCGAGAGUUGGGAGCUCUGAGGCACUCCAAGGCCGCCCGGGCCCGCAGUACCUCGAAAGGCGGCCGAGUCGCUGGAUCGCAGGGUCGCGGGGUGCGGGGCUCCGAGACGCUGGUGCCGGGAAGGCGGCGGCGCAUCGACUGGGCGGCAAAGUCGCAAGCGUCGCAAGCGUGGCAGGAGGCCGACUUCGGCCUUCCAUGCACAGGCGUGCAGCAGCUUAUCUUGCAUGUGCAGGCCCCCAUCCCGAGCACCAGUUCGACGUGCUCGGCGCUGCCUGUUCUGAACGAGGCGCUCCACUCGAAGACGGGUUGGAAUUGUGGGUGGCAGCACACCGGCGUCCAAACAUGGUUCCCUUGGGCGGCACUGAGCUUUGUUUACACAUCGAAGGACCUCACGCGCCUCGCAGCUUCCCAGGUGGGACCUGGGAUGUUGGCGCAGAUCGUAGCUUUCUUCCCGCUCAAGCCCAGCUUGACAGGCACGGCUGCCGCCUACUUCGCCCAAAGUGGCGCUUGCCAGCUGCACACGCGGGUGGGCGGGUGCCGGGUGCUGCCAAAGCUAAGCUCAAGGCCCGGGCAACGCUUUCCGCAGGUGCCGGCCUGCUCGGCUGCGCGAAUGGCUGUUCUGGCACUUGGCGAAGGUGCGGGCGGUGCGAGCGCGGGGGGUCAGUUCGGAGGUGAUCCAGAGCUUCGAACAGCAAUCGUGAUUCUCUGUCGCAGGGAGGGUGCAAUGGGCCCAGAACAAGAGGAGGCCAAGUUCCGAGCGCACCCACGGCCCUCUUUAAGGAUGCUGAUGCUUACGAACUCUGUUGAGCCGGAAGAACAGGUCAUCCGCGACCUGCGGGACAGCGGCCGCUUGAUCCUCCUGGAGUCCUCCUUGCAGGGCAAAGCGUCGAGCAGCUUCCAGCGUGUUAUGACACGUCAGAUCAGGCUCAGCGUUGUUGCAGCGAUUGCCGCCAGAUGCGACUUCCUGCUUCAUCUCGAUGAUGACGAGCUCCUCUUCCCAGAGGCCGCAGAUGCCAGUGCCGCCAGCACGGCGGAGGCGACCAGCUUGGCCACGUCCGCGUCUCUCAAGGAAGGCUACGAUGCCCAGGCCAAUCAGUUCGGAUACGUGAAUGUCACCGACAUGAAGGUCAUGGGCAAGCUCGCAGAGUUCCUUGGCCUAGAUGCCGACGUCGUCAGCAAAGAGAUGAAGGCGCUGGACUUCGACGCCAACAACCUCGUCUCAUUUGCCGAGUUCGUGCUCUGGGCAGACAAGCACACCAUUGGCAUCCCGCUUGGCAUAGCCAUCCCAGACAAGCGAGAAUGGAGGAAAGGCAUGCCAGCCCAUUGGACGACGAUUCCGCCGCCUAGCCCUGAGGAGGAGGCUGCUCUGAAAGCAUCCACGGCCGGCGUGGCCGUUGGCAAGGCGAAGAAAGCCAAGGCAAAGAAGGCUUCCGUACCGGAAGAUCCGGAUACGACAGAGUUGGAGGACUUCAUCGCUGCAGCCAAAGACGCUGAGUGGGAGAAGGUUUGGGAAAUUCUGGACAGACAUCCGGGGUAUGUAAAUAUGCGACCUCCGUACCGUCGCUACGCAGCAAUCCACCAGGCGUGCUUUCACGGGGAAGCUGACGUCGUCCGGAAAUUCGUCGAGGACUGGAAAGCAGAUCCACUGCUCAAGACCAAGGAUUCAGAGACUCCCGAGGAUGUUGUCUGCCCUUUGGUUCCCCCUGGGCUGGACGGUCCCGAGCCAGAUAAGGCCCAGGAGAACGGCAACGACGAAGUGGUCACUUAUCUCCAGGAGAAGCAAGGUGAGGAGCCUGAAUCUGACGACGAGGAAGACGACGAGCCACCCUUGAAGAUGAUGCGGGGUGGCGCUUGCGAGCUCGAUCCUGAAGAGCUCAUGGAGAAAGCGAACGAGGCGAUAGAGCAUGCAAAGUGGCAGCAGUGGGACGAGAUGCUCGCCAUCUUCGAGUCCUACCCAGGCUGUCAGAACAUGCGCCCCGAGUAUCGACGAUUUGCUGCGAUCCAUCAGGCCGCCUAUGCGGGAGACGCCAAGAUCCUGAAGAAGAUGGUCGACUGCGGUGCCAAUCCAGGCCUGCUGACCCGAGACAAGGAGACGCCUCUGCAGAUCGCCGAGGCCGAGGGCAACUCGGAUGCAGCCGCUUUCCUCGAGUCCUUGGAGGUCUCCGCUGAGAGUGCAGCGUUAAUCCAGGAGGCGCACAAGGUGAUUGAUGCUGCCAAAGAAGGGAAGUGGGACAAAACCUUCGAACUCCUCGAAGCCUGCAAACAUCCAGAUCAAGUCGUGAACUGUCGGCCAUCCGUGCGCCAAUACGGCGUACUUCAUCAAGCUGCAUUCCACGGCGAUAUUGAGGUCCUGAGGCGGCUGCUGGAGGAUUUCAAAGCCAACGUGAAGCUUCUCACCAAGGACGGGCAAAGCGCGCUGCAGAUUGCCCAGAACGGCAGCCAAGAGGCAGCCGCCAAGUAUUUGGAGGCGUGCGUGCCCAGCAUCCAGCUCGAGGAUGACUUUGUAAAGUAUCCGGAGCAGGCCUUCGUGAAGGUUGAAGACAAGGCUCUGCUGAAGAGGUUCCAGACCCUUCUCGACAAAUCGCACAAGAGCACUUGCAAUUUCACCCGGGACAGAAACUGGGCCAGCGGCGUGUUCGAGAACAUGACGCCAGUGCCGACCGGAUACGAGCUGGUGGGUGCUGUUCGCAACGAAAAUGCGGCACUUUGGCGCAUCUACCAGGUCUCCAAGGAGGUGACGCGCCUGGACUGCGCGAAGCCUCUGAAGGAGGUGCCCUUCAAGAAGUGGACGCCUUUGACGAUGGAGGCUGGCAAGGGCCUUGACUGGAGCGAUUUCGACAUCUGCGAAGAUGCGAAUGAAUGGAUUCUCUUCCAUGCUUCCAUUCCAGAGGCGCUCUCUGCAAUCUGCCGCACCGGCUUCACCAUGGCCAAACUUGGCUCCGGCGGCACCACGGGCGGCGGCGGCCUGUACGGAGACGGCACCUACUUCGCCGACUCGAUCACGAAAGCUGAUGAGUAUGCUCGGCGCAAGGUGGAGAAGGGCGAAUUCGCUGGAUGUCGAGUUGCAGCGAUCUGCCGAGUACUAGGCGGCCGGCAUUUCUACAUGGACAAGGAUGUCAUGGAGAAGGACAAGCCUAAGUUUGCCAAGAGAGUGCUCGAAGGACAUUACAACAGCACCGUGGGAGACCGCUUGAAGGUGAAGAACACCUUUAGGGAGUAUGUGGCCUACGAUGCAGCAGCAACCUAUAUGGAGUAUCUCAUUUACUACCGGCGCAAAGGUGUGCCGGCAAAGCACGAGUGA